GGUGGUGGAUGUGUGCCUGUCAUCGGGUCGGGAUGGGGCGGUGGAGAGUCAGUCUGAUCCCACAGGUUGGAAGAACUGCCACUACGAGCACUACGGUGACACAAGCGACACUAUUAGUGCUACUACUACUACUACUACUACUUCUGUUGCUAUACACUUGCCACCACCACUACUACGACUACGGAUAAUAAUGAUAAUAAAAGUAAUACAAAUAUAACGGUAGAUAAGCCAACAACACCGUCGCCCCCUCCUAUCUGAUCUGUAGUAGCACAUCGACACAGCCAGCACCACCUCCAUUGCUCACAACCACCACCACCAUCAUCAGCCAUUGUUACAACCACCACCACCACCACCACCGCCACCAUUAUUAUUACUAUUACUACCACUGCUACUAUUACUACUAUUAUCAGCAGCAACAGUGGGGAAUAUAAACAGCAACAAGAACAGCAAUAGAUAUUGAACAGUGAGAGGAGCGAUGUGAUGAAGAAUUAUGCUCGUAGAAUCUUGAUUAAAUGUUUAUCUUCUAAUGAGUGAUCCGGAAUUUAAUCUAACUACACAUAUACAAGACGAGGAAGCAAGAAUUAAGAAAAUGUCUGCCGAAAGGCCAGUGAAACGAGCUGGUAGAAGAGGCAGAAAACCUUCCAAGAUUGACCAGAAGGCUCGGCUAGAAAGAAGCCGACAAAGUGCAAGAGAAUGUCGAGCAAGGAAGAAACUGCGUUACCAAUAUCUGGAAGAACUUGUUGUUUUACGAGAAAGGUCGAUAUUUUCGUUACGGGAUGAACUUGAGCGGCUCAGACAGUGGUGUACUCAAAUGGACAAUGGCCACAUUCCUGCAGGUCUCCAAGAUAUGUUCCUCGCUCAAUCUUCAACGUCAAAGUCAAAUACUUCAGAAUACACACCUGUCAACAGUAACUUACAGACUCCAAAGACUGUGCCUUGUGUUUCGGGGCCACCAAAUAAGAAUAUACCUCCCCUAAACCACACUGUGUCUAUACCUGAAGAGUUUCAGAUUUCCCAAAUGGUAAUGCCCCACGAAGAGGUUAAUUAUAUUAAAACAGAGAACUACCACGAAAUGCAGUAUCCACCUGUAACAUUUGCCAGCUCUAACUGCCUUAUGUCACCCAUUCCAUGUACACCGGAGUUUUGUACCAGCAGCUUCAACCAGCCUUAUAACAAACAUAUGUACUGUAACCAGCCAAUGUAUUUCCCUGUUCAGAAUUUCAAAUACCCUGCAUUGCUUCCUACGCAUUUGGAACAAUAAGUUUUACAAAAGUUUACUAUUACAAAUACUCAGAGUUAUUAUGAAUGAAGUGAACUUUAAAGUUUUGUGCCUUUAUAUGUAUACAUACAUACAAAGUAUGUAUGUAUCUGUACUUUGUUACAUAUAUAUAUAUAUAUGUGUAUAUAUAUAUAUAUAUAUACAUGCAUACGUAUGUAAAGAUUUUAUAUACUUGAAAAAGGAAUGGAAAAAAUCUAAAACCUGUGUAAACCAAAUUUUGUGAAAUUCUAUUUAUUUCCUCAACACGUUUCAUAUUCUUUUAUACAAUAUUUAUUCAUUGCAAAAUAAUUAUUUUUCAUUUUUUUUUUUAACAAAACAAUAACAUUUCAACAAAACAAAAAAAGCUUUAAUUUUCGUUUUCAUAAAAUGGUGUCAAAAGAAGACGGAUAUAGUUGAAUAGCACAGAUCUUGUUAUUCAAAAUCACAGACACUGGAAAUUUUGGAAGAUCUGUCAUAAGAAUUUGACUGGCAUUUCAUAACGAACUCUUGAAGUAAUCAUUGUAUCUUCAAAAAAAAAAAAAAGACUUGGAUAUUUAAAAUUUUUUUUUGUAUUUAUUAUUUUUUUUUUCAAUCUCCAGAGUUGAACUGAAUCAUAAUAGACCCUUUUAAUUCCGAUGAAGCCAAUCCUUGAGUUAUUUUGAAAAUAAUCUCCAAUUAAUAUAAAGAAGUCUCUAAAUUCUUGUACAGGCUUCAGCAAUUAUAUUCUAGACUAUCAAACUUCCCAGUGAAGCUUAAUUCUCUGUGGAUCAAGGUAGUUCCAUGGGUAGGUUACCCACACCACCUCUUCUAUCUGUAAUGGAAACAGACCCCUAAAAUUCACUCCUUAUUUUCCCACAUAUUUUUCUUUUUGUCUCUUAAAGAACAAAGCAUAUCCCAAAAGACUAAGGCUGCAUCAGAAACAUCCUUUAGGUGUUGGUCACUGACAGACUUUCAGACUUUGAAGUAGAAUUUUUUUAAUAGAAUCACAAGAAAAAGAAGAAUUUCAAUUCCCUAUUCUGUUUAAUAUAAUCCCUGGCCUGCAGCCUUUUAGCAUUGGUAACCAGUGUUACUAGGGCUUCCACAGUUCUCUCAGAAGACUUCUUGUUCAGCUGAGAAUUCUUUCUGUUUUUUGAUGUUUUAAAUAAAGAUCCUGAUGAGACGGAAUUCUUCAAAGAAUGGCAGUUCCCAGCAUUUUAUUAAGUUUUAAUAAUUACAGAUACAAGCAGAGUCCUUGCUUGUGUAUCUGAGAUUGCCAGCUGAUUGGUUGAGUCUAGGAUCGCAAGUAGAUUACUUGAAUUAAAUUUGAGGCAACUACUAGAUAGAUUGCUUGCAUCUGCAAUUGCUAGCAGAUUGAUUACAUCAGCAAAUGCUAGCAGAUUGCUUGCAUCAUCAAUUGCUAGCAGAUUGCUUGCAUCAGCAAUUGCUAGCAGAUUGCUUGCAUCAGCAAUUGCUAGCAGAUUGCUUACAUCAGCAAUUGCUAGCAGAUUGCUUGCAUCAGCAAUUGCUACCAGAUUGCUUGCAUCUGCAAUUGCUACCAGAUUGCUUGCAUCAGCAAUUGCUAGCAGAUUGCUUGCAUCUGCAAUUGGUACCAGAUUGCUUGCAUCAGCAAUUGCAACCAGAUUGCUUGCAUCAGCAAUUGCAACCAGAUUGCUUGAUUCAGAACACCCCACCCAACAAAAGAAAGUUUUUAAAAAAUUUCAUAGCUAAUUUCUUUUUUAAACUUUAAUGUUAUUUUCAAAUAUCAAAUAAAUUAUAAUUUGCAGUAAGUUUUAAAAAUUAAUAACAAUUGCUAAGAGAGCAACAAAUAAUUUUUUUUCUUUUUAAAUCUCAAUUUUAAAUUAUUCAAAUAAAAAGGCAACAUUAUUGGACAUAAGUUUCUUAAUUUUGCCUUUCAGUUUGCUAGCUUAUAAUGCAUUUUCUUUUGUAUAAAACAGCACAAUUAUUAUUAGUGGUAAUUUAGGAUGGAAGAAUUUUGUAGAAACCAUCCCCAAUCCACGUAAACUUGGGUAACAAACUAACCCAAAAUCUAAGAAUUUCAGUCAUUUAUUUUUGUAAACCCUGAGUCAGUCGCUACUCCAUUACCAAAUUAUAUUCCACCUCCUUCAACACAGACUACAAAACAAACUAAAAUGUGAUAUUUCUUAAGUUUUUAAACUUAAAAGUUAUUGUUAAUUAAAUUUCUAUUUUAUUUUUUUUAUUUAAUUUUUUUUCUUCCAAAACAAAACAUUGAUGUCUUGAUUAAAGACAUCAAAUGGGGCACUUGCAAAAAAAAAAAAGAAAACUGAAUUUAAUUAAAAAAAAAAAGACUUUUGUAAAAAAAAAAAAAGUAAUGAAAAGCAGAAAUUUUUAAAAAAAUUAUUGAAUGUAUAAAAUAAUAUUUAAUAUUGGUAAAAUAUUUAAUAUAAAUGAUUAUCUUAAAAAAAUGUAAAAAUAUAUAUCGUACAAAUAUUUUUAUUUUCUCUUGUGUAUAUCAGAAGUACCAUUGUCUACACACACACCACAACACACACACACACACAACACAACACACACUACACAACACACACACACGCACAUAUAUAUAUCAGGCACAUAUUUACAUAUACAUACAUGCAACAGCACACACACAUAUAUACAUAUACAUACACACACAUCUGAAAUUACUUACACUCAUUCAUACUUCCUGAUACACACACAUACACAUAUAUAAACUAAUGUAACAAAUACCUCUUUGACUGGUGAUGAUGGUGAGGAGGAGGAGGAGGAGAAGGUUGAGAAGAAAAAAUAACCACCAUCACAAUGAUGAUGGUGAUAUUUAUUUUCUAAUUAAUUUUUUUUUUUAUCAGUUCCUCAAAACGAAAUGAUUUUGUCCUGUUUUCAUAGGAAAUGUUAAUUUUAUGUGUGUAGCAGGUGUGGAUGUGUGGUUAAGGAGUGUGCUUUACAACCAUGCAGUUUUGAGUUCAGUCCCACUGUGCAGCACCUCUGGCAAAUGUUUUCUACUAUAGCACUGGGCCAACCAAUGCAUCAUGAGUGGAAGCCUGUCGUGUUGGGUUUCUUUACAUCCCUAUAACUUAGCAGUUUGGCAAAACAGUCACUGAUAAAAUAAGUAUCAGACUAAAAGAAAAUAUUAUGUUUGAUUUGUUUGACUAAAACCUUUUGGAGCAAUGCACCAGCAUGGCCACAGUCCAGUGACUGAAAUGAGUAAGAGAGAUGACAGCAAAGUUUUCAGGGUGUAUUUACGUGUAUGCUUGAGAGAGGAAAGAGAGAGGGUUUGAUUGUGUGUUCAAUGUAAAAUAUAUAUAUAUAUAUAUAUAUAUAUAUAUAGGAAGCAUGACUUAUUUAAAUGUUAUUAAAAUCAUUUUUUAUUAAUUUCUUUCAUUUUUGCAAUUAUUUACUGAUUUUUAAAAAUUGUUCCUUUGUUAACCCUUCCAAGUUACCUUUUCAAUUACUCAAAACUCUGCCAUGGGGCCCUAAACAACGUCCAACGCAUUUUUUUUCUUUUUGUAUUUCCACCAAAGACGCUACACAAACACUGCACAAGCAUGGUCAUUUGGUUAAGAAGUUUGCUUCACAAUAAUGUGGUUUUAGGUCCGGGGUCAAUAAAAUAAGUAGAAGUUGAAAACUGGGGGUCAAUGUAAUUAACUUACCCCCUCCCCCAAAGCACUAACCUUUUGCCAAAAUUUGAAACCGUUAUUAUUAUUAUUAUUAUUAAGGUGGUGAGCUGGCAGAGUUGUUAGCACGCCAGGCAAACUGCUUAAUGGUAUUUCAUCUGUCCUGACAUUCUGAGUUCAUAUUCCACCGAGGUCAACUUUGCCUUUCAUCCUUUCGGGGUUGGUAAAAUAAGUACCAGUUAAACAAUGGGGGUCAAUGUAAUCGACUUACCUCCUACCCCAAAAUUUCAGGCCUUGUGCCUUUAGGAGAAAGGAAUAUUAUUAUUUGGGUGAGAGAUGGAUAGAAUCAUCAACAUGGUAGACAAAAUGCUUAGCGUGAUUUCAUCCAUUUAUUUUAUGUUCUGAGUUCAGAUUCUGUUGAUGGCAACUUUGCCUGUCAUCCUUUUGAGGUUAAUGAUAUAAAAAUAUCAGUCAAGAGUAAGAUCCAAUGUAAUCGAUUUGCCCCUCCCCUCAAAUUUGUUAGCUUUAUGCCAAAAUUAAAGCGACAAGCUGCUAGACUUGUUUCUUCAUCGGACAAAAUGCUUAGCAGGAUUUCUUUAGUUUUUGCAUUCUGAGUUCAAAUUCUGCCAAAGUUGACUUUGCAUUUCUUCCUUUCAUGAAUCAAUAAAGUAUUGGUCAAGCACAAGAACUAUCCCCUUCCUUCCAAAAUUUCAGGCUUUGUGCCUAUAGUAGAAAGGAUGAUUAUUAUUAUUAUUAUUAUUAUUAUUAUUAUUAUUAUUAUUAUUAUUAUUAUUAUUAUUAUUAUUCCUAUUAGGGUAGAGAAUAUUAGGCAUUUAAAUAGUGAGCAAUAAAACUGUCUCAAUCUUCUUUGUAUCAUCACCCUGUUCUCUAAUUUUCAUUGUUCCAGGGACAAUAAAAUAAAGUACCAGUUAAAGGACAGAGAUGUUUAUAACCAAGUAACUCAUACACACACACACACCUCCUUCAAUUCUCCUCUCUCUCCAGAAUGUGUAGCCUUGCACUUGUCUUAGAAAUGGCAAUUUUCUGUUGCUGCUAUUAUUAUUAUUAUUAUUAUUAUUAUUAUUAUUAAGACAGCAAGCUGGUAGAAUCAUUACCACACCGGGUAAAAUGCUCAGCAGUAUUUUGCCCAUCUACGUUCUGAGUUCAAAUUCUGCCAAAGUCGACUUUGCCUUUCAUCCUUUCGGAGUCAGUAAAUUAAGUACCAGUGAAAUACUGGGGUUAAUAUAAUCACCUAGUCCCCUCCCGCAAAAUUUUAGGCCUUGUGCCUUUAGUAGAAAGGAUUUUUAUCUGCGUUUGUUAUGGAAGUUAAAGUUAUUAAACUUUCUUUCUGUUUUUAGUCUGACAAUGAAACAUUGUUUAGUUUCACAAUGAAAUCUCUGUUUCAUUUUCACAAUAAAAUGAAACAUAAUUCCCAUCAUACUUCUUCCUCCUCCACCUCUUCCUCUUGUUUUUGUUUUUUUGUAUUUAUUAAGUUUAAUCUUCCACACCAAUACAUCCAUGUAUAUAUAUUAACUGAUAUAUAUAUAUAUAUAUAUAUAUAUAUAUAUAUAUAUAUACAUACACACAUGCAUCUAAAACAUACUGAGGGCGAUUUCACUAUAAGGACGAGAUUAAAGUUGUUUGCGAUCAACUGAAUUAUCUGCUCUUGAAUUAAUGUGUAAGUGGCUGAGUAUUCCACAGACACGUGUACCCUUAAUGAAAUUCUCUGGCAGAAUCAGUUUGAGACAGUACUUUGGGAUCAUAAGUACAAUCCACUCGACAGGCUUCCAUACAGUUUCCAUUUACCCCAUUUCACUUACAAGGUAAGGAGUGACCCAUGACUGUAGAAACCUUUUAUUCAAGAUGAGCCACAAAGGGAUCAAACUUCUUAACCAUUCAGACAUAAUCCACUCCUUAUUUGUUUCUCUGUGUGUAUAUAUAUGUGUGUGUGUGCGUUAGUGUAUAUAGUAUUUGUUUAUGUCCCUUAACUUAGCAAUAUAUAUCUGUGUGUGUGGAUUGUGAUGACUAUGUAUAUGUCAUUAUCCGUUUUAUGUCCAUUCAGCUAUGCUGGCAUGGCUGAAUGGACAGUCCUAGUCAAAUCAAUUCUCAUUCAGAGUUCUGACCCUCACUGACCAAUUGAAAAAACACAUCUCACUCAGAGGUUCCAGUUUGGUUUCUGCAACUAAAUAUUCCUUCUUAUACUAACCUAUUUACAAGGUGUGCUAAGUGCAUUUUUUCUAGGCAUCAGUGUCAAUGAAGUCCUCUUCUAAUUUGAAAAUCCCCCAUGACUUUGAGAGUGAAAGUAAAAACAAAGUGAUAAGGACAUAUGUUGAGCUAAAGGUGAGGUGUUAAGACAAGGUGUUAGCUGGUAUUUCCCUACAACACCUUCAUGCUAUUCUCCAAGAAUUUGGUUGCAUCAGUCUUCAGCAGACUUUUGCAGUUGUGGCUUCUCCAAUUACAAAGAAAUUCCAUUGGAAAAAUCAAUUCAGUUUAAUUCUUGGCAUGAAACCAUGGCAAGGAAGUAACUGGAGACACAUAAAAAUAUGCUAUGUUCUAUGAAAAUCUCUGUGGUGUAUAUUGAGUAUUUUUGUGUCUGAUGCGGAGAAAACCCUCUGACCAUAGUCUUUUACUCAUAAGAGAGGAAUCUGAGAUGUCCAAAGAAUAGCCAGAUGGUUAGUCCUCUCUUGUGUUAUAUUAUUGUAUGUAUGCAUAAGAGUCAAUGAUAUAACCAAAAAUGAAUUAUGAAACAGCUGUAACCAUAUAGAAUUAAAUCUUACUUUGCUUCUCACCUCUCCUGGAUUUUAAUGACCAUAUAUAUAUAUAUGAUUGUGUAAGAAGCUUGCUUUCAAACCACAUGGUUCCAGGUUCAGCCCCAGUGUGUGACACCUUGGGCAAGUGUCUUUUACUGUAGCUCCAGGCUGACUUAUGCUUUGUGAGUGGAUUUGGUACGCAGAAGCUGAAAGAAGACCAUCAUGUUUAUAUAUAUAUAUAAUAUGUGUGUGUCUGUGUUUGUCCUCCACCACUGCUUGACAACCGGUGUUGGUGUGUUUACAUCCCCAUAACUUAACAACUCGACAAAAGAGACUGAUAGAAUAAAUACAAAGCUUAAAGAAGAAAACAAUUACUGGGGUCAAUUUAUUUGACUAAAUCUUUCUUCAAAACAGUGCCCCAGCAUGGCCACAGUGUAAAAGAAGAAAAGAUACAUGCAUACAUGCACUUAUAUAUAUACAUACACACAUACACAAACAUAGUAGGUGCGGACAUGGUCGUUUGCUUCAAAAAUUCUCUUUGCAAUCAUAUGGUUUUGUGUUUCAGUCUCACUACAAGACACCUUAGGGGAGUGCCUUCUACUAUAGCCACAGAUCAUGAGAUGGAAUUUGGUGUCCAGAAACUGCAGGGAGUCUGUUGUAUGUGUGUGUGUGUGUGUGUGUAUACAGUUUUAUAUCGCACACUUGUCCCUACUUGAGUGAAGUAGCAUUGGUGCUGACAUUCCCUCUUGUCCUUGUGUCAUGUCAUCUGUACUUUUGAAAACAUCUGGGAUUAAGAAAUGUCUGUGUGUAUGAAUGUAUGUAUAUAUAGGUGUAUGUGUGUGUGUGUGUGUGUGUAUAUAUAUAUAUAUAUAUAUAUAUAAAGAAUAUGAGCAGUUUAGUUCAGUUGUGAUCUAAACGAAUAGGUACGCUGAAUAAGUGCUAUAGUUGGUCAACCAUUAGGUUCCAAGAUCACAGCCAAAGCUGGAUCUCGGGAUCCAUAUAAGGAUUUCGUUAUAGUAAUUAUAUAUCAUAUUAGAGGAAAAAUCAAAAACCAAGGCAGAACAAGUAUCUCAAGUCAUUUAGAAUAAUCUAAUUCACCUUACCCUAAUGAAAUUAUUCUAAAUGACUUGAGAUACUCGUUCUGCCUUCGUUUUUUAUUUUUCCUAUAAUAUAUAUAUAUAUAUGUAUGUAAACAUAAAAUCCAUAAUCAUUAGUCUAACAAAAUAUAAUUUGUUCCCAAAGAGCCAAAGAGGGCAUCCAAAUUUUAAAAUAGUUUCUCCUGCAAAAUACUAUGUCCAGUAUCAAGGAUUGAAUGGAAACCAAUGGUUUUAAUGUGAUAUAAGCAUAAGCCAUAUAAACGUGUGUAUGUGUGUGUGUGUCUAUACAUGUACACACACACACACACACACAAGUGUGGAUAUUGGCAAGGAAUUGCUGAUAAGUCUUUUCAUUGUAAAAAAUACUUUGUGAAAUAUGUCAUGAAGAUCUGUCCAUUUAUAGCAAGGAGGAGAGAUAUUGAUAAAAUAAGUCCUUUUGUGACUGCAGUGGAAAAAAAUAAAGCUAUAAAAACUGAAUAAAAUUUAAAAUAUAUAUUGCAUUGUACACACACACACUUUUCAUUAUACACACAGAAAUAUAAUGACAGAUAUAUAUGUAUAUAUAUAUAUAUUUACACCCAUAUAUUUGUACAUAGCACAUACACUUGAACACAUAAUUUUAUAUAAACACACACUUGGAUACAUAUAUUUGUUGUAUCAAUUUUGUAAAUAAAUAAAUAAAUCUAUUUUGCUUCUAA